CUCAGAUAAAAUAGCCGUGCGGGUCAGUGAUUUUCGUUACGGUCAAGUGAAUUAGAUCACAAAUGUAUUGAUCAAAUAAAAACUCGAAAAGACUUUUAUAUCUAAUUCCAAAAAAGAAGGUUUAAGUGAUUCACGUAACAUGGCCGCCAAAGAAAGUCUGCUAUCUGUUAACGAGAAAGUUCCGCAGUUGACAAAAAGUUUCUCUUUGGAGUCGUGCAGUGAAGAGACUACGGAGUGCGACUGCAAGGAGGUCGGGUAUGGCAUUGGGGACGCCUUGUUCUCCUGCUUUGUGGUGGCUCCGCUGGUGGUGAGCGUGUGGCGCGGCACCUGGAACCUGAUGGACAUUCACAAGGAUUACUUCCCGUACGCCCAGACCUUCCUGUUGGGCAUCGUCAUACACUUCUCCUUCGCUUUAGUCAGGGCUCAGCUGCACUCUCGUUCUAAAGGGGCGUGGAGUGAGUCUGGGGGCAGUGCGGGGCGGUGGCUGCGUGAGCGGCUCCUCUCCAAGGUGUACACGUACAUCUUCAUACUGUCCUGCCUCAACCACUGGCGGGGCGGCUGGGGCCUGCUGGACGGUUUCGUCAACGCUAUGCUGCCCAACACUGAGGACCCACACAGGCCGGUCUUGUACGCAGCUUUGACAAUCUCAUUUUACCUGUGCGCAACUGUACUGCGGUCUUCCCGCAACAUUCUGGCUUCCCCUUACUUCUUGGUCACCGACGGAAAAGAGGCCACUUACAUAUUCACCACGAGGUACAACAAGAAUAGCAGCAGAGAGACUGCGCUGUAUAUCCUGGACUGCGUGUUCUCGGUGGCCGUGGUCGGUUCCCUGGUGGUCUUCGUGUGGAGAGGCUCCUGGGCCUUGCUGGACAUCUUCCUCUUCCCGGAUGACCAAGUCAAGUCCUAUUGGAUUUCAUUGAUCGUCGGCUACUCCGUGGUGGUAGUAACGUUCUCCCUGCAGGCGCCCAUAAGAUGGGUGACCGCCCGACUGCACGGCGCGCCGCGGCUGCUGCUCGCUGACGUAUACCAUCUGGUCUCCUUCAUUGCCACUGUUAACAUCUGGCGUGGCUUCUGGGGCAUGCUCGAUGUCUAUUUCUUUCCUGAAACACCAAAACUUAGCAAUUGGACCACGCACAUCGUCAGUAUAGUGCUGCUGAUGCUACUCAACUGCUCUAAUUCGAUACUGGUGCGAGGGGUAUAUAUUGACGCGGAAGAACCGGCAGGAGAGUGCGUCGUCUUCCCGUGCCAUUACCUGAGGCUGUUCUUCCACAAAGAGAGAACGAAGAAGAGGCACAAGCGGGCCCUAGCAGCAGCAGCUGCCAGAAAAUCAGAAGAGUCAAAUAUGCCCCUACAAAAUCCAGAAGACAAGGUUUAG